AUGGCUGGAGUUUUACAACCUGUGAAUAUGUUUGAUAUUCGAGUAGAUAUCCUUGAAUUAAUCGCUAUUGAUUAUGCUAUAAGGAAAUCUAAGCCACAUAUCACUGAAACCAUCACUCAAGUUGAUCUUGUUCUAUAUGAAAAGUGGGAGCGAUCUAAUCGUCUCAACAUUAUGUUCAUUAGAAGCAAGGUUCCUAUUAAUGUUCGUGGCUCAAAUGAGCAUUAUGAUAAUGUACAAGAACUAUUAAUGGCAAUUGAAAGACAGUUCAAAACUUCUAAAAAAUCCUUGGCUAGCACCUUAAUCAUGAGGUUUACAUCCAUGAGGCUCACUAAUGUAAAAGGCGUACGUGAUCACAUCAAUAAGAUGCGACAUUUAGCAACUCGACUUAGAGCAUUAGAGGUUGAAAUGACAGAUUCUUUCCUGGUGCACUUCAUACUAAACACUCUUCCACCUCAAUAUACGCCAUUUAAGAUUUCUUAUAAGACACAUAUGGAUAAAUGGUCUAUCGAUGAACUUUUGACCAUGUGUGGUCAAGAGGAAGCUAGACUCAUACCAGAGAUGAGAGAGAGUGCACUGACAGUUUCUCAAGGAAAGAGAUCAGUCCAAGCUAAGGCAAAGGGGAAAGUUAAAAUCCAACCUCAAGCUUACAUUAAGAAAUAG